UCUCCCUCCCGCCAACUGUUCACUGUCUUCCUUCACUUCCCUCGCAAAAACCCUAGCACCGAAGCCUCGGUUCUCCCCCGCCGAGGGGUUCUAGCCACGUCUCCGGUCACAGGAAUGGGAAGCUCCGGAGCCACCGUGCACGUCUCGAACAUCCCCCUGGCCGCCGUUGCCGGGGAGUUCUUCGAGUACUUCGAGGCCGCCGUGGGCUCUGUCUUCGCUUGCGAGAUCGCCACCGCCCGCAGGAACUGGAAGUCGAGGGGCUUCGGCCGCGUCCAGUUCGAUUCCCUCGCUGCUGCCGAGCGGGCGUGUCUCCUCGCCGCCGAGGGCCGGCUGCCCAACUUCCAGUGCGCCCGCCUCACUAUCACCCGCUCUCGCGACGACAUCGUCGCGAGGGCUGCCGAGGGACGGAACCGCGUCGAGGGGGCGGUUCUCCGCGCUGGGGUCCUCGUGGGUGAGAACCGGAUGGAGGUCUUUGGCGUGUGGGAGGGGGUGAGAGCAGAGAUCAUGCCGGAGAGGAAAAAGUUGGAGCUUUUCGUCGAACAGAGCGGCGAGAAGUAUAAGCUGGAGGUGAUGUUCGGGGAUAUAAUUGCGUCUUGCGGUUGUUGCUUGGAUGGAAGCGAAUCGAACGCCAUUCUACUACAGCUCAAAUAUUCACCUAGAAGCUACGUCAGAAUCCAUGGGCCCAUGGUAAAGUCAAAAUUAUCCAAUGACCGCUACCGUGCUUGUAGAGAAGACUUUCAGUUUCCUUGGUUUCGCACUUCAGAUUUUUCUCCAGAUAACACUAUUGGGAAAUCUUGUUGUUACUGUUUGCAACUUGCAGCAGGAUUGUCAUGUCCAGAGAUCCUUAGAGAUUUGCCAUUCUCCACGGUCCUGGAGGACCUGAACCUUUUUAAGGGGGAACUGUGGUCUCCUUCAUGGAUGCUGGUUCCCAUUGUCAAUUGCCCUAGUGACUAUUCAGUGGCAUUUGAGAUUCUUUAUCAGAUAAAUUCUCUGGUCCACAUGCAAAAAAUAACUUUCAGACAAGUCACUACUGAUCUGUUUGACAUUUUCAAAGGAUUGCCUUUAGAUAGUGCUAUAAAAAUCCUUAUGAAGAUGCAUAAGUUGACUUCAACUUGCUAUAAUCCUGUGCAGUUCAUUAAAAAUCAGCUGGCUAAGAUAAAAAAUUUCCAUGCUCCCUCAUCCAAUAAAAGCACAAUAGCACAGAACUUAAUGAGUUGUUAUAGAGUUCUUGUGACACCAACAAAAGUUUACUGUUUAGGCCCUGAACUUGAGACCUCUAAUUAUGUAGUGAAGCAUUUUUCCACAAAUGCAUCUGAUUUUCUUAGGGUUUCUUUUGUUGACGAAGAUUGGAGCAAGCUUCCUUCUGAUGCAAUCUCAGUAACAAUUGACCGAAAUUUUCUUUCUAAACCUCACAGAACUGGUAUUUAUACCCGCAUACUAUCUGUUCUCAAAGAUGGGCUUCACAUUGGCUCAAAGAAGUUUGAAUUUUUGGCAUUUUCAGCAAGUCAGCUUCGAGCAAAUUCUGUCUGGAUGUUUGCCUCUAAUGAAAAUUUGACCGCAGAGAGCAUUAGAAAAUGGAUGGGUCAUUUCAGUGGCAUCCAUAGCGUGUCCAAGUGCGCAGCUAGGAUGGGUCAAUUAUUCAGUUCCUCUGUGCAGACACUGAAUGUCCCACGCCAGGAUGUCAAAAUCAUUCCAGAUAUUGAAGUUACUACCGAAGAUGGCAAAAAAUAUUGCUUUUCAGAUGGUAUUGGAAAAAUUUCAUUGUCUUUUGCUAAACAAAUUGCUAAAAAGUGUGGGUUAAGAAAUACUCCGUCGGCUUUUCAAAUUAGAUAUGGUGGUUACAAAGGAGUAAUAGCCAUUGACAGAACUUCUUUUUGGAAGCUAUCAUUGCGGAAAAGUAUGUUGAAGUUUGAAUCAACAAACACAAUGCUUAGUGUCACCAAAUGGAGUGAAUAUCUACCAUGUUUUUUGAAUAGGGAGAUUAUCUGUCUCCUGUCAACACUGGGAAUAAAGGAUGAAAUUUUUGAAUCUAUGCAACAUGACCAAAUGCAGCAGUUGGGCAAAAUGCUAACUGACAAAGAGGUUGCUUUAAGGGUACUGGAUAGGAUGACUGGUUCUGAAGUUAGAACUGCUAUAAAGAUGUUGAUGCAAGGUUAUGACCCAAAUUCAGAACCUUAUCUGUCAAUGAUGCUUAAAGCCUCUCGGGACUACCAGUUAUCUGAUACAAGAAGUAAAUGUCGGAUCUUUGUUCCAAAAGGCCGAGUUCUUAUUGGAUGUUUAGAUGAAACAUGCAAUUUAGACUAUGGCCAGGCAUACAUCAAGGUGACUAUGACAAAGGAAGAGCUACAGAAUGAAGAUCAAACUUUUCUCAGAAAUACUGACCAAACAAGUGCAGUAGUAGUUGGAAAGGUGGUGGUUACCAGAAAUCCAUGUCUCCAUCCCGGUGAUAUUAGGGUCCUUCAAGCUGUUUAUGAUGUUGGGUUGGAUGAUAUGGGCUUAGUUGACUGCAUCAUAUUCCCUCAGAAAGGAACAAGGCCUCAUCCAAAUGAAUGUUCAGGUGGAGAUUUGGAUGGCGACCUGUAUUUUGUUUGUUGGGACAAAAAUCUUAUCCCACCAGAAACUGAUACACCAAUGGAUUACACUCCUCGAAGGCCACGGCUCAUGGAUCAUGAUGUGACACUAGAGGAAAUACAAAAGUUCUUUGUUGAUUACAUGAUCAAUGACACCCUGGGCGUCAUAUCAACCACUCAUCUGAUUUAUGCAGACAGCGAACCAACGAAAGCCAGGAGUCCCAAGUGCCUUGAACUCGCAAACCUUCAUUCCGAGGCUGUCGACUUUGCAAAAACUGGAGCUCCAGCCGAAAUGCCAAGAGUACUCAGACCCAAAGAGUUCCCAGAUUUCAUGGAAAGAUGGGAUAGGUCCACGUUCAUCUCCCCUGGAGUUAUCGGAAAACUGUACCGAGCAGCUUCGAUUCAUUUCGAAGACGUAAAUUCCGAUGCCACGAUCUCCAAAGUAUCUGCUUAUGAUUAUGAUCUCCAAGUUGAAGGUUUUGAGGAAUUUUUAUCACCUGCCAAAGAGUAUUAUGAUCGGUACUCCGAGAAGUUGAGCUUACUGAUGAACUACUAUGGGGCAGAACACGAAGACGAGAUACUGACCGGCAACCUGCGCAACAAGUCCUUGUACCUGCAAAAGGAUAAGAAGAGGUAUGGAGAAAUGAAAGAUCGGAUGCUAGUGGGGGUUCGAAGCUUGCAGCAGGAGGUGGAAGGGUGGUUCAGAUGUAGCUGUGCUGAGAGGGACUCAUCGAGGAUGGCAUCGGCAUGGUAUCAUGUGACUUAUCACCGGGACUAUCAUCCCGAAACCACAUUCCUCAGCUUUCCUUGGAUUCUAAGUGAUGUUCUGCUGAACAUAAAAGCAGUGAAGAAACACAAAAAUUAGAUCUGGAGGUGAUCUCUUGGACAAACUGGUGAUAUUUCUGUGUAUUUUUUUUUUGCUUCAUGGCCUGUUUAUUUAGUUUAAUCUCCAUAGCUUUCCACUAGUCGUUGCACCUGUCAUAACGUACAUGGUGAUCAUUUUUAUCUGAGUACAAGAGUCUGUAGGUUA